CAACAUUUUGUUAUUGUAACAUACUCUUCAACAGGAGAAAGAUAGCUAUCAUUAUUCAUAAUUUUAAAGAGGAAAAAAAAUAGUACUAACUACUACUAAAACAAAGUAAGAAGAAUUAAUAUAAGAUUGAGAAUUUUUUUCUUCUUUUAUUUUUUUCUUCUUUCUUUGAAAGAUUUCGAAGAAGAAGAAGAAUGACAACACCAAGUAGGCCGCAACAACAACAACAACAAUUGAUGAUAAUACCAAAAAACUCGGGGAAUGUUAGCCCGAGCAAGGAGGAUAAAGAAGAGGAGCUUUCUAGGUCUGCGUUGGCUAUGUUCCGAGCCAAGGAAGAAGAGAUUGAAAGAAGGAAAAUGGAGGUUAGAGAAAAAGUUCAAGCUCAAAUGGGAAAAGUUGAAGAAGCAACUAAGAGAUUGGCUGAUAUUCGUGGAGAACUUGAAGCACUUACAGAUCCCAUGAGGAAAGAUAUUGCAGUGAUUCGAAAGAAGGUUGAUUUGCUCAACAAAGAGUUAAAGCCAUUGGGGUUGAGUUGCCAAAAGAAGGAGAAAGAAUACAGAGAAGCUGUUGAGGCUUAUAAUGAGAAGAAUAGAGAAAAAGCUCAACUAGUUGGAAAGUUGAUGGAGCUGGUGACUGAAAGUGAGAGAUUGAGGCUGAAUAAACUAGAAGAUCUAAGCAAAAACAUAAAAGGUCUCCUGUAAAAUAUCAUUGAAAAAUAUAUAUAUAUAACCAUAUUGGGUUUGUGUGUGCUUUGUACUAAUUAGAGCUACUUAUUGGUUUGUUGAUUUUUUCUUCUUCCUCUCUUUUUUCACCUGAUAUUGAUUUCUGUCACUGUAAUUUGUAUUUCUUUGGGUAAUGGAGAUUUUCUCAUCUAAAAAGAAAAUGGGUACCCUUCAACAUUGAUUGUCAGUUAUUAACACUUCCAACUUCAGAGGAUUUGCAAUGUUAUUGUAUAGUGUUAUCAUAGGGUGUUUGUAAGUGUUCCAUGGAUAUGAAAAUUUAAAGUGAAUUUCUGAUU